AUGAUCACAAAAAAUAAUAUAAGGAUAGCUAUUUUUUUGUUUUUUUUCUUUAUCUCAAAUUUUUUAAAUGCAAAAAAAAAUAAUAAUGCUGCAAAUUAUACAAAAUUUUCCAUUUAUCGAUAUAAUUCAAAUUAUUUGUUUAUACCUAAUAUUAUUAAACAAAAUACAAAAUUUGAAAAAAACAGAAUAACUUUAAUAUUACAUUGUAGUAGUGAUUACUUAAAAGAAUCAUUUGCUGGGCAUAUCAAAAAUUGGCCAGGACCCAUCUCUCUUGGUAUUUAUUUAAGAUCUCCAAUUAUUAAUUCUGUAGAAUCAUUAUGUGCUUAUUGUACACUUAAAAAUUUUCAUAUAUCAAAUGAUAAUCUUUCAGCUCACUUUAUUUAUAAACAUUCAUCAUCAAAACCAUUAAAAAAGUCAACCUCUGAAUUGGGAUACUUUUUAUCUAAUUUUAAUUGUACAAGAAAAGAUUUAUUAGAAAAAAUUUGUAAAAUACCACCAAAAAGUGAUUUACAAAAAAUUGAACAAAUGAAUGAGUAUCCAAUAAAUGUUGUUAGGAAUAUUGCAAGAAAAUUAUCUAGAACAAAUUUUAUAUUAAUUGCUGAUUUUGAUCAUAUGUUUUCGGAAAAUUUUGAAAAAAAAGUUUUACCAUUGGCAGAGAUGUAUCUUGGAAAUAAUUCAAAAAAUGUUCUUGUAUAUAGAAUUUUUGAAAUAAAUCAAAAUGCAACUAGAGAACCUAAAAAUAAAAAAAUUUUAGAAAAAAUGAUGAUUGAUAAUGAGGCUUUUAUUUUUCAUCAUUACUAUCCAAAAGGUCAUAAUAUACCGAGAUUAAAACAAUGGUUUCAAGUUCCAGAUUCUGAUAAACCAAAAAUACAAAUAGAAGUUCUGUAUAUGGAAAGUGCAUGGGAACCACAAUUUAUAAGUAAUCGUGAUAUACCUUUACAUGAUGAAACUUUUCCAUAUCCUGUAAGAGAUAAUACAAAUUUACGUUGGGCAAUGUGUAGAAUGGGUUAUCAUUAUCUUAUUUUAAAUGAUGUUUUUAUGUAUCAUAGAGGAUUAAAAGCAGAAAUUGAAAAUAAAUUAGUUAAAAGAGCCAGAGCAAGAGCAUGGAAGCAAUAUAUUAAUUCAUUGACACAAUUUAAUCAAAAAAUGGAUACAUUAUUUCCGGAUACAAAAAAAAAAUGUCCAAAAUUAGAUCCUGAUUAA